UCAGUUCUACCGUAUCAGUACCACGUCCGCGUCCUGGAACUCCUCAUCAUCCUAGCAUUUGCCCCAAUUGAAGCUGUACGUCUCGCUUGGGGAAUUCGUGGAAAUUUGACAGAGACGCCGGCUUUUUUGGCAUUUUCAUUAUUGCUCAGUGUGCCAGUGCUUCUGAUUCUCAUCUAUCUGGCAGUGUUCCAAAAUUACGUCCUCCUGAUCGAAGCGAUCAUCGUUGGCAUAAGUGGAGUGCUGGUGAUCAUCGAAUCAGUAACAGGGCUUGCUUUGUGUGCAACAUUAUCUACGGGCAGCAGUUGA